AGAGCAGUCCCCUCCGUGUCUUGUCCGCCGUUCUCCCCCACCCCCCACCCCAAGCCUCACCACCUCGUACUCACAGAUCCCCUCUCCUAUUGGUUUCACUUUCCUAUUCUCUGCUGGCUCCAAAUUCCAAGACGACCCUUCUUCACCUUCUGGCUCCUCUUUUUGUAUGGAAGGAAACUAGGGCUGGGGAAAUCGCGCUGAGUCACCACAUUUGGCGGCCAGUCCAGAACAGCUGGAACAGAGUGCCUCCUGAGGGGUCACAGGCCAGCCUCCACCCCUACAACAGCAAGUCUUCACGUGACAGCCACCCCAGGAGCCAGCUUCAUGGAACAGACACAGAGAGGCCUGAGCCGGCCCCCUCCUGUCCCCGCUUCCCAGCCCAGGAAGAGAAGGACAUCGGUGCGAUCUUUCUUUUCCAAGGUCUCUUGGAAACUGAGGCUGCGGAAGCAGGAACCUUUGAAGAAUGUGUUUUUCAUCUUGGCAGAAAGAGCCCGGGAUCCUAAUGCUAAAAAGCGCCAUCUGGCAAUGAGAGGCCUGGGCACCUUGGCCCGUGAAGCCCCUGACAAGCAGGUGAGAAAGUACAAGAAAGUUUUCCUCGCUCUCCUGGUGCACGGGCUGUAUGACCCUGUGAGUUCUGACGUUAUCCACGAGAGCAUGAAGACUCUGACCAUCAUGCUGGGCAAGAUCCAGGGCCAACGCCUGGGCUCCUUCUUCGUAGAUAUCACUCUUCAGGCCAGGACUCUAUUGGAUGAUGAGAACGACGGUGUGCGGUACUUGGCCUUUGUUCUGUUUGGGCAAUUGGCUGCAUUUGCUGGGCGGAAAUGGAAGAAAUUUUUCACUGACCAGGUUAACCAGACACAAGAUUCCCUCCUGACCCAUUUAGAGGACAAAAGCCCUCAAGUGGCCAAGGCUUGCAAAACGACUGUGCGAGCCUGUGUUCCGUACCUGAAACCCAGGAAAGAGCAGCGUUUCCAGAGUGAAGAAGAUCGGCGGAACCCCAGACUUUCCCGGCAGCUGAGCCAUUAUCAUCCCGAGGUCCUGCUGUUCUUCUAUGCCAAUAAAAUCCUCUAAGUCCAGAGCGGCAGAGAAAAUGACCCGUGUGAGUGCCCUGCUCCGGGCAUCCCAUUCCCUCUGUUCUGUCUCGUUGGGUACCUCUUUGACUUUGAUAGUAACAAGAGAGGACGUCAGAGAGCUACUGAGGGCAAAAACAAUCUCCCUGGAAGUGUAUCUCUGCAUCUCUGCACUCAAAGUAAAAUUCUACAUUACUUUCA